CUCCGUUCCGUUGCUUUAUCCGCCGCCCUGUUUUUUUGGCUCCCGCAAAGGUUAACGAGCUAACCGCACCAGGAAACCCCGCCAAAUUUCGGAAGCAAGAACCCGAACUCGCGUUUCAAAUCCAUCUCCUCUCCCACUCUCCGGCCUCCGUUCUUUUCUUCACCGUCGUUGCUCUUCCUUCUCCGGCCAACCUCGCCGAAUCAUCAUCCAAAUUACCCUCCUCGUUUCCGCGAAGAACUCCAUUCCCCUCCCCCCGACUCCGGCCGAUUCAAAAUCCCGGCCUCGAUGCAGCUAAUACCGGCGAUCACUCAUCUAUUCUCCGACGCCAUCUGCGACCUCUUCAUUGGUGUGCUUCUGCCGCCUUCGUGAUUCGGUAACUCACAUCAGAACUAGAUCUUGUUGUUUGCGAGGGAACAUGGCGCGGCUCUGAAAAAUAGACCGGAAGGAAGAAAGGAAACCCUAGCUGGGAAUCACAAUUCCACUAAUAGACAAUAGCAACGGGGGGGGAGGAAUCCCCAUGGUAGAAUCGUCUCAUGCGUGUGUGUCAAUUGCUUUUGGUUUUUGUUCUCUAUCUAGUAGUAUAGUUGUGGAUCUGGAGAAUGGCAAUGAUCAUCGGCGACGCGCUGCGGCAAGCGUUCAUGCCGAAACGCGAGUACGAGAGCCUGCGGGAGGAGGAGAAGGCAUGGUCGAGGUUACAGAGGCCUUUCUUGGUCUCUGCCGUUUCCUUAAUCUGCGUUGCCGUCAUUGUCUGCGCGGUUAUUAGCUUGAAGAUCGUCUCCCCCGCCGUUGGUUCCCGGCGGCCGUUUUGCAGUGACCGGAGGCUCCUGCCACUGCCCAUGAAAGGAGGGCGCGACGCUGAUCUGUUUGCUGGUGCGUUUUAUCUGACGGAUCAGGAGAUUGCCGACUAUUACUGGAUGGUGCUCUUCGUUCCAUCGCUCAUCAUUUUCUUGGUCUCAUUUGCGUAUCUUGCCGCAGGGAUUGCUGUUGCUUAUUCUGCUCCGACAAGGCAUAGUUGCUUAACGGUGGUGGAAAACAGUUACUGUGCUUCCAGAAGAGGUGGGGUCCGCUGCCUUUACAUCUUAAACAUCAUCUUUGCCAUCAUCUUUGGUCUUCUCGCUCUGUUGCUCGGUUCAACCCUCUUGACGUUAGGGAGUAGCUGCUCCGUGCCCUUGUUCUGGUGCUACGAGAUCGCUGCGUGGGGGCUCGUCAUUCUGUAUGGGGGAACUGCAUUCUUCCUGAGAAGAAAAGCUGCAGUAAUCAUCGAUGAGGGCGAUCAGGGUAGCAGAAACCUCGGCCUGGAAAUGCUGGAAGCAAACACUUUGGCCGUGGCAGUUACACCAGAUGUUGAAAGGCGAGUCACAUUUAAGUCCUGGAUGGGUUCAUCUCUGCUAUCUUCCGACGACGAGGACGAACUAGACACUUUUGUAGAUGCACCCUACCGGACAAAUGCAUCUGCAAACAGGCAGAGGGUAUACUCUGAAUCUCGAGCCAUGGCUGCCAAUUACGAGUACGACGAGGCUGCCGGCCACUACGACGACCAGGCAGCUGCGCUCCGGCAGCAGGAAGUCGGAUACGACCCCAACUUCGUUCCCGAUUCCGUGAAAUCCUUCGUCGUCCACCUCUACCGCCACAUCAGGGAGAAGAAUGUCUACGAGAUCCACCAGAUGUACGAGACUUCGUUCCAGACGCUGUCCGAGAGGCUGUUCAAGGACACACCGUGGCCUUCCGUCGACGCCGUGGUUCACUAUGUCGAUAACGACCAUGUCUUUUGUCUCCUGUACCGGGAGAUGUGGUUCCGCCACCUCUACGCUCGCCUCUCCCCUACUCUCAAGCAGAGGAUCGACAGUUGGGACAAUUACUGCAGCCUCUUCCAGGUGGUGUUGCAUGGAGUGGUGAAUAUGCAGUUGCCCAAUCAGUGGCUGUGGGAUAUGGUGGAUGAGUUUGUUUACCAGUUCCAGAGCUUUUGCCAGUAUAGAGCUAAGAUGAAGAACAAGACUGAACAGGAGAUUGCUCUUCUGAGGCAAUUCGAUCAGGCAUGGAAUGUGUAUGGAGUGCUCAACUUCUUGCAAGCAUUGGUGGAAAAGUCUGCUAUAAUCCAGAUUUUGGAGCAAGAAAAGCAAGGCAUUGAGCAGUUCACUGCCACUGAUGGUUAUGAUUACAGUGGAGGAAGUAAUGUUCUGAAGGUGUUGGGGUACUUCAGUAUGAUUGGUUUGUUGCGAGUUCACUGCCUUUUGGGAGAUUAUCAUACUGGCCUCAAGUGCUUGCAUCCCAUUGACAUAAGUCAACAGGGCGUUUACACCAGUGUUAUAGGAAGCCACAUUGCUACCAUAUACCAUUAUGGUUUCGCAAGCCUGAUGUUAAGGAGGUAUGUAGAUGGUAUCCGUGAGUUCAACAAAAUUCUCUUGUACAUUUACAAGACCAAGCAAUAUCAUCAGAAGUCUCCACAGUAUGAACAAAUACUGAAGAAGAAUGAGCAAAUGUAUGCCCUGCUUGCAAUUUGCCUCUCAUUUUGCCCUCAAAUGAAGCUUGUCGAUGAGGCUGUAAAUGCUCAAUUACGCGAGAAAUAUGGUGAAAAGAUGGGUAAAUUGCAAAGAUAUGAUGAUGAGGCUUAUGGUGACAAACUGAGCAGAAGGCAAAGAUAUGCUGAUGAGGCAUUUGGUAUCUAUGAUGAACUCUUUUCAUAUGCAUGUCCCAAAUUCAUUACCCCUUCAGCUCCGAGUUUUGACGAGCCUCUCGUAAAUUACAACCAGGAUGCUUAUAGGCUGCAGUUGAAGCUUUUCCUUUCUGAGGUGAGGCAGCAGGAGUUGUUAGUUGGCGCUCGAACCUUCCUUAAAGUAUACUCAACCAUAUCACUUGGGAAGCUUGCCAAUUAUUUGGACGUGGAUGAAUCCACGUUAAGGAUGACAUUGAUGACGUACAAGCACAAGACUCAUGCUGUUGAUUCUGAUGGAAAGAUUAUCUCCAAUGCCGAUGUCGACUUCUACAUUGAUGAUGAUAUGAUACGUGUUGUGAACUCCAAACCAGUGAAGCGAUAUGGCGAUUUCUUCUUGAGGCAAAUUGUAAAGCUUGAAGGAGUGAUCAACGACGUGGACCGGAUAAAGGUGGAGUCAGCCAAUUGACUGUUGCCUUUCUUUCAUCCGACCAGAUCAUGUAGUUCUACCAGACAUCGGCAGAGAUUUCGUUAUAUUCAUUCGCAUUUUGCGUAUGAAUCGUGUGUUGACGUCAGCUAGUGAAAAGCUGCAGCUCUAUAAGACGGGAAGAAGCACGCUGUCAAGACUUUGGAAUGGAUAGAUUAGAUCCUGUGUUUAGUUGCUGGCGGCAUGGUUUUCUUCCUCGUCUUGUUUGGAAUUGGUUUCAGUCAUAUUUGCUCGCAUUGGUCGAAAGACGCCGGAAUUUGGGUGAUGGAAGGUUUUGAUUUUUGAAUGAUAGUUUAUGUCAGCCUAACAAGAACAAUUCAUUUAUUAUGUAUACAAAAAAAAAAAAAUCAAACUACGAUGGAUUUCAAACAAUACAAGGAUAAUAACGAUCUUAG